CAAGCUAGCUUCAAAGCCGGCGGCACUUGAUAUCUCGCUUACUAAGCCAGCGUUUGAUAUUCUCCUUCAAAAUGCAUCGGUCGUUUUCAGGCGAGCAUGUCUGGCCUGGAUGCAAUCAUUAAUCGCAAGGCUCCUAGCCCAUGGGAGCUUUUCAAGUCGAAUCCUAGUCUUUAUCUAGCCUCGAAGCUAUAUAGUCAUCUCAGCCGACAACUACCGCGUCGUUCGUUUUCUCCCGUCCGCACCAUAUGCAUAUCAGACACUCACAACACCGACGUAUCUGCCCUGAUACCACCCGGUGAUAUUCUCAUUCACGCCGGUGAUCUCACCCAUUCCGGCACUCCUCGUGAGCUUCAAGUUACCUUCGACUGGCUAGUCUCCCUUCCGCAUGAACACAAAAUCGUUAUAGCUGGCAAUCACGAUACGUACCUUCAGACAAAUGAGGGUCGUUCAUGGGUCCACACAUGGCGAGAGCGUGGCAUAAUUUAUCUGGAGGAUGAGGCUCACACUAUUCAAGUGCGCGGUCGCGCAUUCAAAAUCUUUGGCAGCCCAUUCACUCCGCAGCAUGGCAAUGGCGCCUUCCAGUACCCACGUAUGGGUGGCACUGACACUCCCAGCCGUUGGGCUAUCAUUCCCGACGGCACAGAUAUCCUCAUUACUCACGGUCCUCCUCAUGGUCAUCUCGACCUCACCGGACUUGGUUGCAGGGCCCUACUUGCACGUAUGUGGGAACUCUGUAGGACACACCCGCCUGUACUUCAUGUGUUCGGACACAUUCAUGGCGGCCGUGGAAUCGAGAAUAUACCCUGGAACUCUGCUCAGUCAAUAUGGGAGGAUAUUGUACGCAAGAAAGGGGGUUGGCUUUACACUAUGCGUUUGCUAUGGGCGAUGCUUUGGAGUGGCCGGGAUAACAGUAUAAGAACGGUUGCUGUCAAUGCCUCUGUUGUAGGAGGUCCGCGAGACCGCGAUGUACGGCCUCCUGUAGUCGUUGAUAUAUAA